AUAUUAGGGUUCCAUUACUUUACUUUUCCUUCUUAUUACAUUAAGGUUUUGUCAAUUAUUUUUAUCGGUAAAUAUCAAUUGAGAGGCUUUGAUUCCAAAGUGAUUUACCAAUGCUUUCGGGUUUUCUGAUUCUCCUUUUUUCGGCGUUUUAGGGUUUCUUGAUUUUACAAAUUCCAUCGCUCUGUUACAUUCAAUUUAGGGUUCGCGUAUGAUUUCAUUAGUGUGAGAAUGGUGUGUUCUGGGGGUUUGAUUGAUCCUUCUUCGCCGAGGCAGUAUGGCGUGACGAAACCGAUAUCUCUUGCGGGACCUACGAAGGCUGACAUAAGGAGAAGCUUGGACUUGGAGAAGUUUUUGGUUAAUGCUGGGCUUUUUGAGAGCAAGGAAGAAGCUGCGAAGAGAGAGGAGGUUCUGGGUCGUCUUAAACAGAUCGUGAGAGAUUGGGUGAAGCAACUCACUCGCUUGAGAGGUUAUACUGAUCAAAUGGUGGAGGAUGCAAACGCUGUCAUAUUUACUUUCGGUUCUUAUCGACUUGGGGUAGAUGGUCCUGGAGCUGACAUUGACACCUUAUGUGUUGGGCCAUCCUAUGUGAAUCGAGAGGAAGACUUCUUCUUUAUACUGCACAACAUUUUGGCAAACUUGCAAGAAGUUACAGAAUUGCAACCUGUCCCAGAUGCUCAUGUUCCCGUUAUGAAAUUUAAGUUUGAUGGAAUAUCAGUUGAUCUUCUCUAUUCAAGUAUUUCCGUUUUGGUUGUCCCAGAGGACUUAGACAUCUCUGACGUCUCUGUGCUGUACAAUGUUGAUGAGCCAACUGUUCGCAGUCUUAAUGGCUGUAGGGUUGCGGAUCAAAUUCUUAAGCUGGUUCCAAAUGUUGAGAAUUUCCGCAUGACACUCCGAUGUUUAAAGUUUUGGGCUAAAAGGCGUGGUGUUUAUUCAAAUGUGACUGGAUUUCUCGGUGGUGUGAAUUGGGCUCUUCUUGUAGCCCGGGUGUGUCAGCUUUAUCCAAAUGCAUCUCCCAGUAUGUUGGUUUCCCGAUUUUUCAGGGUUUAUACACUGUGGCGUUGGCCAAAUCCUGUGAUGCUUUGUGCAAUAGAAGAGGAUGAACUUGGAUUUUAUGUGUGGGAUCCUCGUAAGCAUCCUCGGGACCGAACUCAUCAUAUGCCAAUUAUUACGCCUGCUUACCCUUGCAUGAAUUCUAGCUACAAUGUCUCAGUGAGUACUCUUCAGGUUAUGAUGGUGCAGUUCCGAAUUGGUAACAAGAUCUGUGAGGAGAUAGAGCUGGGCAAAGCCCAAUGGAAUUCUCUGUUUGAGCCAUAUUUGUUCUUCGAAAGCUAUAAAAACUUUCUGCAGGUUGACAUAGUUGCAGCUGAUGUUGAUGACUUGCGUGUGUGGAAAGGCUGGAUUGAAUCCCGGCUAAGGCAGCUGAUAUUGAAGAUAGAGCGGGACACAUUCGGCAAGUUGCAUUGCCAUCCGUAUCCAAGUGUUUAUGUUGAUACUUCUAAGCAGUGUGCCCAUUGUGCCUUCUUUUUGGGUUUGCAAAGGAAAGAAGGAGAGAUAAGUCAAGAAGGCCAGCAGUUUGAUAUUCGCCGGACGGUUGAUGAGUUUAGGCAUAUAGUGAAUAUGUACAUGUUUUGGAAGCCGCAGAUGGAAAUCUAUGUUUGUCAUCGUCUUAGACGGCAGAUUCCGUCUUAUGUUUUUCUAGAUGGUUACAAACGAAUUCGACCACGGUUCAUGAGUCAGAUGGAGCCUGAAAAAUCAUCUAAGCAGUGUUCGCCAGAUGGUGAAGUUCACACGUCUGGAUCUGGUCAAAGACACCUUAAGAGGAAAAAGGAUCUUGAAGGGGUAGACGUGAAGCAAGAAAGUCUAGCGAAACGGCAAUUGAUUAGCCCCCAGAGGCAGCAUUCAGUUUCUCCUGAGAUUAUUAGUCACAGGUUUUGCAUUUCAUCUAAGCAGUGUUUGCCAUUGGGGCUUAUUAGAACAAAAGAAAGUGCGGAAAUUAAUGGAGAAUGUCAGGUUGGCAUGGUUGAUGUGAGUGAUAGUGUCUCUAUUAACGGGGAGAAUGCUGAGGCUGGGUCUAUCCAGAGUGAGCCACAGAGAAUGAGAGGUGAUGAAGAUUUCUUCCUAGAGGUAGUCAAAUCAGAUAAUGAGAUACCAUGUACUAAAGAUGCUGAGGCUGGAUGCCUUUCAGAUUCAAGUGUUGUCACAAACCUUACUAGUGAGAUCAGCUGCUGUGAGGAUGACGGAUUUGAAUCAGUAGUUUGUAGAAGCGAGGGGAACGCAGUGAGUGUGGCAGGGAGUAACAACCAGGGAAGACGCAAGGCAGAUUGUGAAUUGCUUCUGGGUAAUAGGUGUGACAAUGGCUGCAGAAUGUAUCAAGAUAGAUUGCAGGGAGAGUUAGAGCCAAAUUCUGCAGUUGAGAUAUUGCUUAAAUCUGGGAGUGGAGUGAACUCAAAGCCUGUGGAGACGACAGUGAUAAGUCGGUUGAGUCUGACAUCGACCGCAUGAAAGAUCAGAAGGCUGGACCUGUUGGCAUGAUUGUUGGAGAGAGAGAGAGAGCCAGCAUUCAGGUAAGUACAUCCAUUAAUUGCUGGCUUUCAGUCUUAAUUUUUUUUCCAGGCAUGCUCACAUUUUAUCCGACAGAUUGGAAACCAAAUGGUAGCAAUCUGAAGAGCUCUGGGAUUUCACUUUGAUAUUUUAUGUACAGUUAUAGGAUUUUUUUGUUUUUUUUAAAGUAAUUAAGUAGGCUAGGAAGUGUCCUUAAAAAACAUGUUGGGUACCAUGUUUAUGUAGUCCAAUUUGAUGACUGCAGGGGCCGGAGUCGGUCGUUAGGAGUAACUGUUUCCAUAUUUUUAUUUUUAUUUUUUUGUGUGUACCCCACAGCAACCUCCUUUUGUACAUUUGCUGCCUUGAUAAUAAAAUAAAAAAAAUAAAAAAUAAAUAAAAACUCAAAUUACUCUC